GACACUGGGAAUAUAGAGGAAACUGUUAGGAUUGGCUGUUUCAAUGUUUGUGUGUCAGUUCAUCUUACUAUUUGUGUGUGGACCAUGUAUGACGCUAAAUACAUUUCUCUAGUAAAGCAUAACGAUUCGCUUUAAACGAAAGUGUGAGUGCAGCAUUUUGAUAACCAUUCUAAGGUCUUAUUUUGAGUCUCGGAUCAUACCGUGCCACGCGCAAUGACACUGCUUCCUACAAGCGUUGUGAGCGCGCCGCUGACGUCAUCGCGGGAGUGUUCCAUUCGGGAGAAAUUAACGGACAUCAGCACAAUUCUCUCUCAGCGCUCAUCAUGAUAAUCCUACAUUUAUGAGGGCCAAGCUGACUGAAGUGUCAAGAGGACAGCUUAUGCAGCAUUGAAGGCUGUUGUCUAUUUGCAGUUCUGGAUUUCUAGUUAGUUUUAUCCAUCACAGUAUCAUAUUUCUGUGUUGAGAAGACGACUGAACAGGAUGACUGGAACUGAAGCCAAUCCUGAACUUUGAACCGGUUGAGGCCAGGCUGGACUAAUGACGUGCAUGACUUUGCGCCAAACCACAGAUGCAUGUACGCUCUCAGAGUCCACCUGACUGCUGCCUACCUCUGCUUUCUGGCUUUUGAAACUGCCUAUCAGAGGGCUGGUGGAGGCGGGGCUUAGCUAAACCCCACCCCUGUGAUGACCCUCUGAGCGAGACUGGCGCCUCCUGAUGGACCAGGGUGGUAGCGAGCAGCCUGGAACAGAGGAGCCAGACUCUGGGGGUCGAGCAGAGAGGGAGGCGAGCAGGAGGGUGUCCGAGCCUGAUCAUGGCCUGUCCAAAAUUACUCACAAUGCCUUGGAGAACAUGGGCACACUGGGCCACGGUUUGAAGCACUUCUUCCAACCUCAGCGCAGACGCUCGUCUGUGUCGCCGCACGACUUCGCAUCUUCCUCCACAGGCCCCAUACUUGAGCCCCAAGAAGCGGGGCCAGAGUUGGGGGAAGUGCCUGCCUUGACAGUUGCCGCCCCUAACUCUGAACCCUACACUUCCGCCCCCCCUGCAGCUCUGAGCCGUGUGCUGCUGCAAAUUCGAGGCCCCCCCAUGAUGAAGAGAGGGACCAGCCUGCAGAGCCGCCGCAGCAAGGCAGGGGGGGGAGGGGAGGCCCCCCAGAAAGGCAGCCCCCAGAUCCACAGGCGCAGUACUCAGGAGACAUUGCUGCAGGUGGGACGGCCACGCUCCUCCUCCACCACUGAUACACCCAGCAGCCCAGCUUUUUCGGACAUGUUGCUGACCUCUGGCUACCACUCCACUGAGGAGGCUGAUCGGGAUCGUUUAGAGUUGUUGGGCCCUGCCAUGUCUCCCAAUGCUCUGUCAACCAGUUCAGACGGCGGUCAGUACGGUGUGGAUUCAGUGGAUGGAACUCCAGACCCUCAGCGCACCAAGCAGGCCAUCGCUCAGCUGCAGCAGAAGAUCCUCAAACUCACAGAGCAGAUUAAAAUCGAACAAACGGCAAGAGAUGACAAUGUAGCCGAGUACCUGAAGCUGGCCAACAAUGCAGACAAACAGCAGAGCGCUCGCAUCAAGCAAGUGUUUGAGAAGAAAAACCAGAAAUCUGCGCAGACCAUCCAGCAGCUGCAGAGGAAGCUAGAGCAUUACCACCGCAAGCUCAGAGAGGUGGAGCACAACGGAAUCCCACGCCAACCCAAAGAUGUCCUGCGAGACAUGCACCAGGGUCUGAAGGAUGUGGGUGCCAAGGUAAAGACUUUCUUUACAGUGUGCUGUGUUGAAGGUUGUGUUUAGGAUUGGUUGGAAUAGAUGCGUGCUGAUCUGAAAUGUUUUCAUUUAUUUAAGGGGAUCAAACUGGACUUUUUAAGUUAAUCAUAUGACUCAUGCAGUUUAGACCUUGUACUCUGUAUGCAAGCCAGGUUUGGAUCUUUGCAUUGAUUGAAAGAAUGUAAUAAAAUUAUUUUAAAAGAUGUAACCACACGAAUCUCUUCCUAAACAUAAGGUGCUUCCUUACUGCCUACUGCACACUAAAAGCUGAUAUGCACAACACAACUUUUAGACCCAUUUUGCAGUCUGGGCAAGUCAGUGACAUCAAAUUGAGUAGUGUACGAUGGACACAGACUCCAGUUUUUUAGCUUCAAACUCCAACACGUUUAAUAUUUUGAGCUGAUU